CACCUGAAAGCAGCAUUAUGAGCCGACCAGACACACAGAGAGACAGAGAGCAUGUUACCUCCACCUGCUGGUCGGUCUGAUAACUACAGCCAGGCGGAGCAACAUACGGUAUUCUUCAUUACAGAGCAGUCCAGAUUGAAGGAGGACAGUGAGGCAAGCCGUGAAAGCGAGCAGAUGUGAACCGGACUACGAAAAGAGAACAAGCUGCAGUUAAAGACGGAAAACCUUUGAUACUGCUAAUAUGUGGCAACCCGCUUCGGAGCGAUUGCAGCACUUUCAGACCAUGCUGAAGACCAAGCUAAAUGUGCUGACGCUGAGGAAGGAGCCCUUGCCCACGGUGAUCUUUCACGAGCCUGAGGCCAUCGAGCUGUGUUCCACCACACCGCUCACAAAGAGCAGGACCCAUGCUGGGUACAAGGUGGCCUACCUGGGUAAGGUGACUAUCUCCGGGACCCAGUUCCUGUCUGGCUGCACAGAGUCGGCGGUGGUGGGUCUUGUGGAGCGUCGUGGCCUUGCUCAGCAGCAGGGCAGCUUCCCCGAAGGCAAUUCUCUGCUGGAGAUCCGGCCCUUCCAGGUGCGUCUUCACCACCUGGAUGAGCACGGCGAGGCCUCAGUAACCAUGGACACCUACCAGGUGGCGCGGAUCGCCUACUGCACAGCUGACCACAGUGUCAGACCCAACGUAUUUGCCUGGAUCUACCGGGAGAUCAACGAUGACCUGACCUUCCAGAUGGACUGCCAUGCUGUGGAGUGCGAGAGCAAGCUGGAGGCCAAGAAAUUGGCACACUCAAUGAUGGAGGCUUUCCGCAAGACUUUCCACAGCAUGCGCAGUGAUGGCCGCAUCCACAAGAGUGGCUCAUCGGACGAAUUUGCUGAGGACUCAUCCACCCCUGAAGACUCGACCCCAGACGACGGUUGAACUAAAACUCACCUAAACUCCUGAUCUCCAUCCUAACUAAGCGAGGGGUGACUGGAAGGAUGGACAGAUUACCUGUUCUCUCUCAUUCUCCCACCUACUAUCUCAUUCUGUUAUCAAUUUGGAACAAAAUUAAGUGAACCUGUGAACCAACACACCCAGGAUAAUGAAGUAGCUUUUUAAUACUGUAAAUGGAAGGUAGAUGAAAAAGGAGUUACAAAAGACCUACAUUUACAUACAGGGAUAGCAAAGUGCUGCCACAUUAAAUAAAUGGCCCUCAAAGACCCACAGGGGUCUUUUAAGGACCUCUGUAAAUGCCCUCAAGAGAUUGACUCGACAUUGCCAACUCCAUUUUCAACCACUGUCACUCCUGCACUCAGCAGAGACUCUGUUUGUGGUUCUUAAGCUUUUUCACCCAGGAAACAACAACGUUUAGUCCCUGUUCUUCUGACCCCAGCUCAUGACAACCUAUUGCUACUCUUGCCAUGUAGGGACCCAGCAGAAUAGGCCUGUGACCUAUUCCGGGUCCCAACCCAGAGUUUAUGAGACUGUUGGAGCACAUAAAUUCUUUAAAUGUUUAAUUAUGUGGGUCUCUGUUACAAUGCCUUUUGACCUUGCUAUUUGCGAAUGAGGAUGUGAAAGAAAAGCUAAGCCUUUAAGCACUAUUCAUAUUAUCACUAUGGUACCUUAGUCCAACCCCAAAAUUAUUCGCCGGCACGUCUGUCAUGUGAACGAUCGAGCCGGAGCUUCUACCGCCAUCUCCGUAUAAUAGGUACUUAAAGAUUCAGAGUAUGCAUACGGUACCUGGGAGAAUAUAGGUGCUACAUAGAUGUUUCAUUUUAGAAGUUCUCACUCGGCUGAAAGCCUAGGCCUGUCUGCGACACCUUAACCAUUUACUUCUGUUUUGAGUAUAUCAAAAUCCAGGCUGGAUUUUGCCUGUCAGAUUAUGUGCUCAGAUUAUGUGCCUCAGUUUCCUCUCACAUUAGUUUGGUCUCUUACCCAGGUCCCUAUGUGUGUAUGUGUGGCUGUGUGUGUGUGUGUGUUUCAACCUUUUUGUUUUUCUGUGUGUGUAGGUGUAAUUGCUUACUUCUGUACUUUAUGUAUAUGAAUGUACACGUGAGUGCUUGCAUCUCUAUGUGAAAGAGAAAAGGUAAGGGAGGAGGAAGAUUGGGGUGGGGGGGAGGGGGGUAUUGCAUGAUUAGCUGGAAGUGACUUCUCAUCUCCCUGGAAGCAUCCAUUUUUGAUGCUUAUUAAGGAGGUGUUUUAAAAUCAAGACAAGGUACUAUGACCAUUUGCCACGUUUUCUUACUUUUAUCUCGUAUGAAAUGAAAACACGAGAGUCUGAAUGUGCAAGUCACCGAGGUUGUAGGACCCUGAAACACAGCCGUCCAAGAUAAUGACUGACACCUCCUGGCCUCUGCUGAAUGUAUGAUGAGUCCAACGUGCUGUGAGUGCCUCACACCAUCUCCGGUCACUUCAGUCUCCCAUAAUCUCCUCAUGCUACCACAGACAAGUUGUAGGGGACAGUUAGGGACCAAUUUCACUCUGCUCUGCUGCCCUGCAUUGAGGCACCAUUGUGGGGUUAAAAACUCACCAUGCCACUUUCUUCUUCUUUUCUAACAGGACUGUAUUGAACAGAUUGGACGCUAUCAGUGGAAACAGUCUUUGGUCAGUGACUCAAACAGAAUGAUUAAGUGGCUCUGGUCAAAACACACACUCAAAUAUACACACCUACAUACAAUUAUACAUAUGUACACACACAUUGUAAUUGAAUAUUGCUCAAUAAGCUUAUGUAAAUACAAAUGUAUCACUUUCCAAAUAUUACAGCAUAAAUGUUGAUAGCUAUUUUAAAUACAAACAAAUGUUGAGGAACCAUCAUAUGAUACAGAAACAGUGUUAUAAAGCCUACUGUGAAUACUAAGUGGAGAGCUGUGUGUGUGUGUGUGUGUGUGUGUGUGUGUGUGUGUGUGUGUGUGUGUGUGUGUGUGUGUGUGUGUGUGUGUGUGUGGUAGGGAAGCAUGCUGAGGGGUGUGUAUGGACAGGCCAGAGGGGAGGGGGGGGGAAUGUUUAUAAAGCUGUAGAUUACUGUGUCAUGUCUGUCUGAAAGCUCAGACGUGCUUUAAAUGUUUGAAAAAUGUUACCUUAAGUGUUUUCUAUACAGUGUUUGCAAAGAUCAAGAAACAAUUGCAUAUAAAGUAUUUACCAAGA